AUGUUUAGAAUAACCGUUGGUCUGGCGCCUAUCAGACCGGUGCGUCCCAGAAUCGGCACGGCGCAGAUUCUGAGACAUCUUUCUGUGGUUCAUCGCGCGAACCAAAAAGCCGCAUAUCUUGUCACGUCUAGUCAUGCCAGAAAUUUCUCCAUGUUUGGCCUGGGCAAGGCUGCCACUAAGGUUCUACGUGUGCCAGCUUACUUAGGUGGCGGGCUUGCUGCUGCGGGCUCUUAUGUCGCGUACAAGGUGGACGAAGCCGCCACUUUUACACAGUCGCAAUUGGAGGCCGCAAAGGAUUUUGCUGGUAACCUGGCAGAUAAUGUGGGAGGGUUCUUCAACGGCAUGUUUCCUGGCUCCGAUGGAUCUUCUGGUGGCGAAGAUGGUGGGGACACGGGUUUGACUGUUGGAGGAUCUGGAGCUGCCGCUGCCAUAGGGUUAUCCCAGGACGCAGACGAGGAAGAACUUCAAGACGACGAAGAUGAGGACGAGGACGACGAAAACGUCCAGGACAACACAGAUGAUGCUAUGCUCAACCUUACUCGACAGAUGAUUGAGAUACGAAGCAUUUUGCUCAAUAUUGGUGGAUCCAACGCGCUCAGAUUGCCGUCUAUCGUGGUGAUAGGGUCGCAGAGCAGUGGUAAGUCUUCCGUGCUGGAAUCGAUUGUGGGAAGAGAAUUCCUGCCCAAGGGAUCUAAUAUGGUCACCAGACGUCCGAUUGAGCUGACUUUGGUGAAUGACAACUCGUUGGCGGCCGAAACUGCUGAGUUCCCAGCGCUCAGAAUGUUCAACCUGACCGACUUCCAACAGGUCCAGAAAGUGCUCUUUGAGCUCAACAUGGCUGUUCCUGACGCAGACGCUGUUUCCAGCGAUCCUAUCCAACUCACAAUCAAGUCUCCAAGAGUUCCCGAUCUGUCUCUGGUUGACUUACCAGGAUACAUUCAGAUCGAGGCUGCAGACCAGCCAACAACUCUCAAGACCAAGAUUCGCGAGUUGUGCGAUAGAUACCUUGAGGAGCCAAACGUGAUUCUUGCCAUUAGUGCCGCCGAUGUGGAUCUCGCAAACUCUUCUGCCCUGAGAGCUGCCAAGAGAGCAGAUCCGAAGGGAGAAAGAACUAUUGGUGUGAUCACCAAGCUGGAUCUUGUGGACUGUGAAACUGCUCGAAAGAUGCUCACAAACAAGAAAUAUCCUUUGAAGAUGGGCUAUGUUGGUGUGAUCACACGUACUCCUCCAUCGACUUCCCUGUUCCGUCGCCAAAGCGGAUCCCAGGCGUUCAUUGCACAGCAGAAUUUUGAAAGAGCAUAUUUUAAAGAAAACAAAGACUCGUUUGUGGGUACAACCGUGACAACCAGAAUGUUGAAGAAGAAACUUAUGAGAGUUCUGGAGAGAACCAUGGCAAGUUGUCUGAAGCCAAUGCAUGUGAUUGUUUCGAACGAGCUGGAGGAGGCCAGCUACCGGUACAAAGUUGAGUUUAAUGAUCGAGAUCUGACCAGCGAAAAAUACAUGGCACAGACAAUCGACAACCUGAAGUUGGCAAUCAAGGAGUUCAGUGAACGGUUUGGACGCCCGGAGCUUCGGUCCUUGUUGAGAAGCGAGCUUGACCAGAAAGUUCUGGAUUCCAUUGCGUUGAGAUACUGGAACAAGCCUCCAGCUCCAAACAAGAGCAAGGAAACGGAGAGUGAGCCGCCUUUGGAAGAAUUAGCAAGUGCCCCGCCAAACGAUACUUACUGGCACCGCAAGCUCGGAAUUGCCACAGCCAGUCUGACCAAGCUUGGAGUUGGUCGGCUUGCAACCACGCUCAUUUCCGACGCCAUUCUCACCGAGAUUGAGGUUCUUGUUGAUAACACCGAUGUAAGAUCCCAUCCAAUGAUCAAGAAUGCGAUCAAGGACGCUGCUGUUUCCGUUUUAACGUCCCGGUACAACUCCACUGCCGAACAGGUUGAAAAUUGUAUCAAGCCAUACAAGUACGAGAUUGAGGUUGACGACAGAGAAUGGAUGUUAAGCAGACAGCAUGCUACGAUGUUGCUCAAGGAGGAGCUGAAGCAGUGUAACGAGGCAUACAAGGAGCUGAAGAAGACGCUAGGUGGUAACAAGUUGAAGCAGAUCACCACCUAUCUUGAGAACGAGAACAAUAAGGUUGGCGAGAACAUUGCGAGGGAAAAUCUUGGAUUCAGUCCCGGUCUUUUGCUUCGUGGAAAGGAGGCACUGUUUCUUAAAGAGCGGUCUAACUUGUUGAAUAUGAGACUGAAAUUUUUACAGUCUUCUGGUUGCAAGUCCAAGGAUAACAAAUACAAAUGUCCCGAAGUAUUUUUGGACCUUGUUGCCGAGAAGCUGACACAGACGGCAGUUUUGUUCCUGAACGUUGAGCUGUUGAGCGACUUUUACUACAGCUUCCCACGGGAGCUGGAAAAGAAGCUGGGUCAGAGCUUGACUUCGGAGCAGAUCGAGCAGUUUGCCAAGGAGGAUCCAAAGAUUAAGAAGCACAUUGAGCUGCAAGAGAGAAAGGACCUGCUCGACCUGGCAUUGACCAAGAUCGAAGACGUGAUGGCUUUACAGAAACGACUUGUAUAA